GGCGCGGUGAGGGCGCGCGCGGGCGGGCGGGGGCGCAGCCGGCACCAUGUCCAUGCUGCCCACCUUCGGCUUCACGCAGGAGCAAGUGGCGUGCGUGUGCGAGGUGCUGCAGCAGGGCGGCAACAUCGAGCGGUUGGGCCGCUUCCUGUGGUCGCUGCCCGCCUGCGAGCACCUCCACAAGAAUGAAAGCGUGCUCAAGGCCAAGGCCGUGGUGGCCUUCCACCGCGGCAACUUCCGCGAGCUCUACAAGAUCCUCGAGAGCCACCAGUUCUCGCCGCACAACCACGCCAAGCUGCAGCAGCUGUGGCUCAAGGCGCACUACAUCGAGGCGGAGAAGCUGCGAGGGCGGCCCCUGGGCGCUGUGGGCAAGUACCGCGUGCGCCGCAAGUUCCCGCUGCCGCGCUCCAUCUGGGACGGGGAGGAGACCAGCUAUUGCUUCAAGGAGAAGAGUCGCAGCGUGCUGCGCGAGUGGUACGCUCACAACCCUUACCCUUCACCCCGCGAGAAGCGAGAGCUGGCGGAGGCCACCGGCCUCACCACCACGCAAGUCAGCAACUGGUUCAAGAACCGGCGGCAGCGCGACCGGGCAGCUGAGGCCAAAGAAAGGGAGAACAGCGAGAACUCCAAUUCCAACAGCCACAACGCUCUGGCUUCCUCGCUCAACGGCGGCGGCAAGUCGGUGCUAGGCAGCUCGGAGGACGAGAAGACGCCGUCGGGGACGCCAGACCACUCGUCGUCCAGCCCAGCGCUGCUGCUCAGCCCGCCGCCGCCCCCCGGGCUGCCGUCCUUGCACAGCCUGGGCCACCCGCCCGGCCCCAGCGCGGUGCCGGUGCCCGUGCCCGGCGGAGGCGGCGCAGACCCCCUGCAGCACCACCACGGCCUGCAGGACUCCAUCCUCAACCCCAUGUCGGCCAAUCUCGUGGACCUGGGCUCCUAGAGCUCUGCCGCCUCCGCGCCGGCCUUCCUUCGGCCUGGGCGCUGCGGACCUGCGAGAGGAGGUGCGGGAGGGCGCCCGCGCCCGAGACCCCAUCACCCAUCAGGUACUGAAAGACCCGCGCGCAGGAGCCGGAACCCGCGGCCGGGGCAAGGCGGCUCUGGGUCCUUGUUCGGAAUUUUAUCUUUAACACCUUGCUUUUGAGAUCCUUUGGGGGCCAGGUCUUCAAACAGGGGAAGGAAUAAAUUCUCUCCCUCCUUUUCCGCCUCCUCCCCUUGUUCCUCCUCCUCCUGCUCCUCCUUCUCACUUUCCUUCUUUUUCUUCCGUUUCCGUCUAGAUUUCUGGACUUCUGCUUGCUCUCUCCUGUCCCCGGCCUCUGGCUCACCACGCUGCCCCUUAGCCUGUACCCUCCGUCUUCCUGCCCCUGGCAGCCCGCCCUUUCCCAGUGUUGAGGAGGAAGAAAAGAGUGAGGGCCUUUGCCCCCAGGCCUCCCCCAAGGCUCCCCCCAGGGCCCCACCCGUCAGUGGGCGCUGCAGGUGUCAGAUUUUUGUCUUCUAAUUUAAGUGAAAGGCAGGGGCGAUGCCCCGCAGCCCCCGAGGCUCCUGCAGCCAGCCCCUCUCUCGGACCAGGCCCCCCGCCGCGCCGCGCUCUCCUCCUCCUCCCCGGACUGUGGCCGCGCUCCGGGCAGGGCAGCCUCCCGAGCCGCGGACUUGCCGUUUCCCUGUCGUGCCCUCUUGUGAAUGUUCUUCGGGAAAUAUUUCUGCUUCUAUUUUAUAAUAAAAUUAGAAAUCAUAAAUAUAUAAAUGAGUAUA